AUGGCAACAGUUCAAAUCCUAGACGGAGGCCUUGGAACCUCCCUCCAAGACCAAUACGGCGUGUCGUUCGACAAUGUCAACACCCCCCUCUGGUCCUCGCAUCUCCUCGUCUCAGACCCAACCACACUAGAAGCCUGUCAAAAAGACUUCUGCGUCGCAGGCGCCGAUGUCCUGCUCACAGCAACAUACCAAGUCUCGCCUGAAAGCUUCCUGCGCACAAAGACGGCCGAGUUCCCCAAUGGCAUCCCCAGCACCGCUAUCGGCCGGUACCUGCAAACGUCCGUGGAUGUUGCUGAGCGCUCGAAUGUGCGCGAAGGCGCACAGAUCGCGCUGAGUCUGGGCCCUUACGGCGCUUGCAUGAUUCCCGGACAGGAGUACAGUGGAGCGUAUGAUGCGGAACAUGAUGGGGAGGAGCAGCUAUAUCAGUGGCACUUGGAGCGGUUGCGACUUGUGCUUGGUGCUGAGGGCAACUUGAUCAAGCGGUUGCAAUACGUGGCCUUUGAGACUUUGCCAAGGCUCGAUGAGGUGCGGGCUGUUCGGAGGGCUAUUCGGGAUGCUGGAAUCACGGAUGUGCCAUACUGGAUUGCAUGUGUCUUCCCCGGUGAAGAUGGGCUUUUGCCUGAUGGAAGCUCCAUUGAGCAGGUUGUGGAUGCUGCUGUUCGUCCUAUGGAGGGUGGCCUUUCGCCGUGGGGUAUUGGAAUCAACUGCACGAAGAUUCAUAAGCUACCCAGUCUGGUCGACAAAUUUGGAGCUUCUAUUGCCGAGGCAGUCGCUGCUGGACAGAUUUCAACUGCCCCGAGUUUGGUGCUAUACCCUGAUGGCACCAAUGGCGAGGUCUACAAUACGACGACACAGACUUGGGAGAAGCCCGAGGACCCCAGUAAUGGCGGGCAGAGAGAUGUUCGCCCGUGGGAGGUUCAAAUCGCGCAGGUUGUCAAUGAUGCCUACGAAAAGGGUCCUUUCAAGUCUUUCCUUGUCGGGGGUUGUUGCAAGGCGUCUCAUCACGAUAUCAAAAAGCUCCGAGAGCAAUUUUAA